UCAAUAUGUAUAUAUAUAUGUAUAUAUGGCUGAUAUACUACGUAUCACUACGUAUUUCAGCAUUGUUAGUGCCCGGUGUUAUUCUGUAUUAUUCGCAGUCGUGAUUCGUUUAAUCCUAUUUAUUUCUGACAAUUAUAAUAGAGAAGGACAAAGUAUAUAUAAGGAAAGCUGAAGAAACGAAUGAAUAGUCAUUAUAAGCAAUUAUUAAAACAUGAGUGACCAGGAUCCGACGAGUAUUAUCAAUAUGAUAAAAGACCUACGUUCUGGAGCAGAAUCUUAUCGUAGAAGUGCCGGAGUACCGGUGCGUUUCUCAGGAACUGGUUACAUAUCUUCGAAAUUUAAUGACAGUUCGGAUGACAGUAUCGUUUCACCUAAGCGGCCGAGAAUGGAUGAUUCCGAUACAUCUGUAAACAAUAAAACUCAAUCUGAUUUUGUCCCAGGUAGUCCAUGGGAAUGGCGACGUAUGAAAGGAGAGGUUAUAUCAUUAAAAACUAGACUGACUCAACAAGAGGCAGCUGUGCAACAACUACACAAUAUACGCAGACAGAUGGAGGAAGUCUUUGAGAAGGAGAAAGGUCUCUUGCAAGUUCAAACGGAGCAGAAUAAACAAACUAUUCAACAGCUUGAAGUUCGACUUGAUGUUGCACGGCGAACAAUUCAGGAUGCAAGAGAGGCUCAUGAUACUGCAGAGAAAGAAUGGUCCCAAACGAGGAACAAUUUGGAAAGAAAAAUAGCGUCGUUGUUAAAUGAAAAUGCAAAAUUAUCUGAGAAUUUAAGAAUUGCCUCUGCAAACGAAAAGUCUCCUCCUGCUAAGGAAAUCAGUGAGUCAAGUGAAUUACAAAUGAAACUUGAAACUGCAGAAGCUAAAGCAGCAGUCCUAGAAGAGAGGAUGAAGGAUUAUCUCAAAAUGCAACAAGAUUAUGAAUUGCAAAACGUGGAAGUACAGAAUAUGAAAAUAAAGCUAGAAAAAUUAGAAUCGGAAAGAGCAUUGUGGGAAGAAGGGAAACUAUUAGCAGGAAGAGCUGCAAGAGCGAAUGACCUCGAGAAAGAAUUGAAUACAGCGAAAAAGAAGAUUGUAGUACUAAAAGAAUCAGUCAGGGAGAAAUUACUUUUGGAAGAACAAAUGGCUAAUAUAACGAAAAGGCUGGAGCACACUGAAAAAGUAGAGCAGCAAGUGGCAGUGUUAGAGGCAAAGCGAUCCGAACUUACACUUCGCUUACAGGAAUAUGAAACGAUUGGUAUUAUUGGUGGACCCAUGGCGAUGAAACGAGAGCUGAACAGACUUCAGCAAGCUGAACUGGACCUGAAAGCGGAAGAGGGCCAGCUCAGAUCAAAAUUGGACGCCGCUUUGCGAGAAUCGCAGAAUCUAUCAAAGAAUUACGAGGAUACAAAGAAACUGGCUGCUGAGAUGACGGUGUCAAAAGAGAAAUUGAGCAAACUCGUGAGCAGGCUUCAGAAGAAGAUGAUUCUUGUCACCAGAGAGAGGGACAGUUACAGACAGCAAUUAGAUUUAUACGAGAAAGAAAUAACGGUGGACGGUAACAGUGCGAUGACCGAGAGAAUACCGGCUUUGGAACGCGUUAUAGACGGUUAUAGGGACUUAGUCAAUAAAUUGGAAACUGAUCUUCAAGCGGUCGAGACUGGCACUCAGAAGAACGAGUGCAAUAAAUUGAGAGAAGAAAUCGAGCAGUUGAGAGGCGAGCUCGUACAUCGCGCAUUGAAGGGCGACUUCAAUUGCAACGCUCGAAUUUUACACUUCACAAUGAAUCCCGCAGCAAUAGCAGAAAGACAAGCUGAGGAGAAACAAGCAGCUCUAUUACGAGAAGUGGAGGAUCUUCGUGCCAUGGUAGCGUCAGGAAAUUAUGGAGCGACCGUUUCAUCAUUGCAGACGCAAGAAAUUGCGGAGCUGAAGCAAACACAUGAAAUAAAGAUAGCGCGUUUGAAGGAAGCUUUCAAAGCGUCAUCGCAAGAAUACCGCCAAGCGUGUUACCAGUUGUUCGGUUGGAGAGUGGAUCGAACGAAAGAGGGUUGCUACAAGCUAUCGAGUCAAUAUGCCGAAUCGGCGGAUGACUUCCUGUUUUUUCAUGUCGGCGAAGAAGGUGUGGAUAUGUUGGAAACCGAUUUUUCUGCGAACUUAGGUAACUUAAUUGAGCAAUACUUACAGAGGCAGCAUAGUGUUCCCAUGUUCCUUAACGCUGUACAAUCCGAUUUGUUCAGCCAGCAAACGAUCACAAAUGUCAUGACAUAAUAUUGUUUAUGAAUAAAACCGAUACUUCUAUUAAGCUUCAAUAUACAAUGGAUAAUAAAUAUACAAUGAAUAAAUAAUUUCUAUGAUCUGUACGAAAAA